UUGUUUUUAUCGAGUCAGGCCGGUACGAGUCUUUUUCGGGACAAACAUUUAGGUCCGAGUCAAUCCAUUUUGGAAACCCUCUACACGAUAAAACAAAAAAUUUUCCACUUAGACAACUUUCUCUGUUUAACAAUUUCUAAAAAGAAAAUUAUCUUUUGCUUAACCUCCCCCAAUUUUCUUUCUUGAUUUUUUUCUUUAUUCUGUUUGUUCAUCAAAAUUGUUUAUAAAAGAUCUCUCUACUUCCCCAAAAAUAUCUCAAAAUUAUCAAAAUAAUCUCAUUGUUCAAAAAUAUUAUUUUUUGUCUUUUUGUGCAAAAUGAUACUUAAAUAAUUGAUUUCUUGCCUUAUUGUUAAUUUUUUCUUAAUAUUAUUGUUUGUUGAUAAAAAUGCCGGUUAUUAUUUUUAUUUAUUUUCUAAAGCUUAUUUUAACUUUUAAAUAUUUUGUAAAUUAAAAAAAUUAUUUUCUAAACUUUCAAUUAGUCAUGUCUUCACUUGUUCAAGAUGAGACGGAAUGCAAGUCAACUCUGGGUACUUUAUUGUAUACGGAGAGAAAAAUUUAUGGGUUUUCUACAAAAGUAGUUGAUGUAAUACUUCCAACGAGCAGUCUAUUUGGGCAUGUUGAAUAUAAAUUGGAAUUGAAGGCUUCACCACAUAAUGCAAUAGAUAAUGAACCUCGUAUUUUUAACAUGUCAACACGUUUUAAAGUUAUCAGCCGUCUUUACUCUACACUUGCAAUGAUUCAUCGCAAUCUUUAUCUAAAAGACAAAUUUCCAUCCUUUGCCGAACCCAAAUUUUUUGGAACAGCAAGUCCAGAGACGGUGACAGAAAGGAGGAAUGCUAUAGACAAUUUUUUGCAAUUUGUUUUGAAUAAUGAGACGCUUUGCAAGUCGAGAGCUCUCCAAGCUUUUAUGGAGGAAACAAAAGAAUUUUUGCCAACAGAUAGCAACGAAACUGAAGAAAUUGAAAUUAAAUCGAAUGACGUUGAAAAUAAUAAAAUUGAAAAUACCUCAGAAAAUAAACAAAAUGAAGUUAAAGAAAAGGGGGAGGAGAAGGAAGAAGUUAAAUAA